AUGCAAAAUCAAUCCAAUCAUCCCGCCAAAGCUGAGGAAGAGGCAUAUUAUGACCUUGGUUCGUAUCGUCGACCAGUGACCACUUCGUCAGCGGAAACUCAAUUGUGGUUCAAUCGCGGGUUGAUAUGGGCUCAUUCUUUCAACCAUAGCGAAGCGGUCCGAUGCUUUGAACGAGCUGCCGAAAGCGAUUCCAAUUGCGUUAUGGCGCUCUGGGGAAUUGCGUAUGCGACUGGGCCCAACUACAACAAGGCGUGGAGAUAUUUUGACCCAGAGGACCGUCAGGCUUCUAUCAAGAAGGUCAAGGAUACCCUCGUCCGAGCGUCCAAGUUAGCGAGCCAGGCCACACCAGUCGAACAAGCGUUGAUCGGGGCGAUCGGCGCUCGUUUCCCACCAGUUGAUGACAUCCCCGAGGAUCUGGGCCCUUUCGACCGCGCUUAUGCGGACGCGAUGCGCUCUACCUAUCAUCAGUUCAGAGAUGAUGUGGACGUGGCUGCGCUAUUUGCGGAAUCGCUUAUGUGUAUCACUCCGCGCGGGCUGUGGGACUUGAACACCGGUAAACCAACCGGGGAUCACACAGUUGAGGCUCGCGAAGUGAUUGAGCUGCAACUGCAAACUACCGGUCGCAACCAUCCAGCAAUCUGUCAUUUACACAUACACAUGAUGGAGAUGUCACCAUUUCCAGAAUUGGCUCUGCCGGCUGCGGAUCGGCUACGUGGCAUGGUUCCGCACGCUUCGCAUAUGUUGCACAUGCCGACGCAUAUUGAUGCUGCUGUCGGUGACUAUCGCCGUGGUAUCGACUCUAACCAUGAAGCGAUGCUUGCCGACGACAUCUACUUUGCCCGAGAGACGGGUAUCACUAUGUAUGCGGCCUACCGGGUGCAUUACGUUUGUGCAAAAUUGUAUUCCGCUAUGAUGUCUGGCCGAUUCGCAGACGCGAUGUCCGCAGCAGAAAAGCUCAAACAGAUCAUUGAUCCGAACCUGCUAUCCAUUAAAAGUCCCCCAAUGGCAGACUUCAUCGAGAGCUUCGUGGGAAGUGAGGCACACGUGCUAGUGCGCUUUGGUCGCUGGGAAGAGAUUCUUGACCUUGAAUUUCCCACCGAUCGCGAUACAUAUUGCGCAACUACAGCCAUCAUUCAUUAUACUCGCGGGCUUGCAUUUAGCGCACUUGGACGAAUUGCAGAAGCCGAAGCCGCCCAGAAGGAGUUUGAAACGGCGCGUAGGGCCGUUCCUAGCUCCCGACUCAACAGCAUUCCUUGCAAGGAGGAAGAUGUUCUCGCAGUUAGCUCUGCUAUGCUUGCUGGUGAAUUAGAAUAUCGGAAGGGAAAUAUUGAGACGGCGUUCCGUUCCCUUCGGGAAGCCAUUGUGCGCGAGGACGCGCUCGCGUACACUGACCCCCCUGCCUGGAUGCAGCCAGUCCGCCAUGCGCUCGGUGGCCUACUCCUUGAGCAGGGACGUGUCGAAGAAGCAGAAACCCUGUUCAAGGAAGACCUUGGCUUCUCUCUUGACUAUCCUCGGCGCAAGGCAAAACUCAAUAAUGUUUGGGGAUUGCAUGGCUUAUACGAGUGCUUCAUUCGCCUUGGAAAGACGCAGGAGGCUGCUUUCAUUCACCCUGCACGGGAUAUUGCCUUGGCAUCUGCUGAUGUUCCAGUCAAUGUUUCGUGCUUCUGUCGAACUUCCGCGGUAGCAAAAGCUGGAUGUUGUUCAUGA